UGGACACCUCAUACAUCAAUCAUACAUACGCACCCACACCACCUUUAGUGUUACUAUGCAGUUCCUUAAAUUUUGGCUCUCCAUGUUGGCUUUGGCGGUGUGCGCGCUGGCCGCCGAGCCGCCGAAGGAAUUGCAAAUUGCAGUCACCUACUUGCCUGAUGACUGCCCCGCAACUGCCAAGACUGGUGAUGCCAUUAAGGUCCACUACACUGGGACGUUGUUCUCCGACGGGAGCAAGUUUGAUUCAAGUGUCGACCGAGGCCAACCAUUACCUAUUAAACUCGGUGUGGGUCAGGUUAUUAAAGGAUGGGACGAAGGUCUCCAAGGCAUGUGCCUCAACGAAAAGCGUACCUUGACGAUUCCUUCAGACAUGGCUUACGGUUCGCGUGGGUUUGGUAGUGUUAUUCCUCCACAUUCCGCCUUAGUCUUCGAUGUCGAGCUUGUUAGCUUGCAGAAAGCUUCUCGUUCAGAAUUAUAGACAGCUUAUAGUCAAUAGUCAUGCACUGACUGAUAUUAGCCUUGCCAGCGGAUCAAGUACAUGUACGCGAAAGUUUUGGAUGACCUAAAUAACAGCUUUCACUUCUGCUGCA